CAGGAGUCUUCAUCGCUCGCAGGCUAUUCAGCUCCCGCCGGCAAUAGCCUUGCGGCAUGACGUUGCCGCAUACCACAUUUCAAUAGUAUUAGUCAAGAUUUACUACGUUUUGCAGAUGUGUUGGCUUCAGCUCCUACUGUAUACCCGAUCCAUCUUAUGACGGUGUUGACUUUGCCUCUGGAAUGGCUUGACGCGCUUUAUCAGAACCCUUGCUGGCUAGAACGAUAACAAUUGGAAAAGCUACAUUAGAGUGCGAUUUGUAUAGCAUAAGCGUGGGCGUGGACGUUCGGGCUGAGCAGGAUGCCAGCCUUCUUUUGUCAUUCAUGCCUGUCCACGAGUCUCACGCUCACCAAUGGAGUCUACAUCUGCGAUGUAUGCGGAGUCCAAAGCCAGCACGUGGAGGAGGAGAGCGAGGCCUUCGAGAUGGGCACCCACGCGCGCUGGGCGCACAAGGGCGCCGGCGUCAGCGCCGCCACGCUGGCCGAGCAGCGCCAGGACGCGGAGGAGCAGGCGGCGCGGGUGGCUGCUGCCAAGGCGGCUGGGCGGCUGAUGCCGCAGCUGCCCUUCGACCCCGUGCCAGUGCUGGGGCGGCUCAAGGCGCUGGCGGCGCUGUACCUGCGGGCCAUGCAGGAGCUGCUGCAGGCCCAGGCUGACGCGCUGGUCAAGGUGCUGGGUGCGCCCCCCGAGGUGCGGGUGCUGCUGCGCAAUAUGUGGAUGGGGCUGCUGCCGUACACCGGCCUGCUGGACCUGGACCCACGGGUCGGUGGUGUGGUGUUGGAGGCCUCCUUCGACCGCCGCGGAGUGCCCCGGCUAGCCCGCACCACCAACGCGCACAACGACACCUCGGGCACCGAGGUGAACGCGAUGGGGGCGCGGGUGUAUACGGCCCGCGAGAAGUGGGUCAAGGGGCGCACGCAGCCGCUGGAGGACUUCCACUACAAGGCCCAGAUGCGGUUCUACUUUGGCUCCAAGCACCAGCAGCUGGUGGCGGAGAACUACGUGCGCAGGCACCUGCCCCCCCGCGCCACCCACGUGCUGGUCUACCUGGCCUGUCUGCUGCUGCGGCUGCCCGUCACCCCCGUGGAUGUGGGCCGCUGGGCGCUGGACGGAGUGCUGCCCUUCCUGGACCUGCGGAUCCGCAGCCAGUCGCUGGUGACCGCCUCGGGUCUGCGCCUCACCGCGCGGCUGCUGCGCGCCCGCGGCUGCGUGCCGCCGGUGCGGCUGACCGCUGCGGCGGUGCAGCUGAGCGAGCUGCUGGGGCUGCCGAUGCCGCCGCUGAACGUGGAGGGGCUGCUCACCCGAUGGGGGGACCAGCUGGGGCUGCCCAGGCAAAUCCCGCUUGUCGCCCGGGAGCUGCACCGCCUCUACCUGCAGGGCACGCCGCUGGUGCACCCGUGCGGCAUGGGAGCACGCGGCACCUGGCCCUACCUGCCCCUCAUGGCGCUGCUCUUCGUGGCGCUGCGGCUGGGCUACGGGCUGGAUGACCGGGGGCGGGCGCCGCCGGCGGCUGAGGAUGUGGCUGUGUGCGGCGGG